UGUGUGUGUGUGAGAGUGUGACAGCGGCGCACUGACAGUCUGAGGUGAGCGCGAGCCGCCUAUCAGAGGAGAUAUGAGGGGGAAAGUGUGUGUGUAGCUCCAGUCGGGGAGUGGGCUCUGAGUCUGAGGCUUUGGGUUGGACAUAUGAGUGCGAUGCCGAACAAAACAAAAAAAGACAAGGAAUCACCGAAGUCUGGAAAAGUCAGCAAAUCUGCAGGACAAGAAAAUUCAGAUCAUGAGGGAUCCAACAGGAAGGGCAGCAAUAGUGUGCCGCCCACCACACAGCUGCUGAAGGGGAAACAGUCUGGAUCUCAAGCCCCUGUCAAAAAGGAGAAGAGGCAAAGCUCCUCUCGCUUUAGCCUCAGUAAUAACCGGGAGCUCCAGAAACUGCCCGCUUUCAAAGAUGUGCCCCCAGCGGAGCAGGAGAAUCUGUUUGUACAGAAGCUGCGCCAGUGCUGUGUGCUUUUUGACUUUGUAUCCGACCCACUGAGCGACCUGAAAUGGAAGGAGGUGAAACGGGCGGCGCUCAGUGAGAUGGUGGAAUACAUCACGCACAACAGGAAUGUCAUCACUGAGCCCAUCUACCCGGAGGUGGUGCACAUGUUUGCAAUCAACAUGUUCAGGACAUUACCACCCUCAUCGAACCCGACAGGGGCAGAAUUUGACCCUGAGGAGGAUGAGCCCACGUUAGAGGCUGCUUGGCCACACCUGCAGCUCGUCUAUGAAUUCUUCCUUCGGUUUUUAGAGUCUCCAGACUUCCAACCAAACAUAGCCAAAAAGUACAUUGACCAGAGAUUUGUCAUGCAGCUCUUAGAACUCUUUGACAGUGAAGACCCUCGAGAAAGAGACUUUCUAAAAACCACUCUGCAUCGCAUUUAUGGCAAAUUUCUAGGCCUCAGGGCCUACAUCAGGAAGCAAAUUAAUAACAUAUUUUAUAGGUUCAUUUAUGAAACGGAGCAUCAUAAUGGAAUAGCAGAGUUACUUGAAAUAUUAGGAAGCAUAAUCAACGGGUUUGCUUUACCACUGAAAGAAGAGCACAAGAUAUUCUUGUUGAAAGUUUUGUUGCCUUUGCAUAAAGUCAAGUCUCUCAGUGUUUACCACCCACAGCUGGCAUAUUGUGUUGUACAGUUUUUGGAGAAGGACAGCACUCUCACUGAGCCGGUGGUAAUGGCUCUUCUGAAGUACUGGCCCAAGACCCACAGCCCAAAGGAGGUGAUGUUCCUCAAUGAGCUUGAAGAGAUCCUGGAUGUAAUUGAGCCUUCUGAGUUUGUCAAAGUCAUGGAGCCUCUCUUCAGGCAGUUGGCGAAGUGUGUCUCCAGCCCACACUUUCAGGUUGCAGAGCGGGCCCUGUAUUACUGGAACAACGAGUACAUCAUGAGUCUGAUCAGUGACAAUGCAGCCAGAAUCCUGCCCAUCAUGUUUCCGUCUCUUUACCGCAACUCCAAAACCCACUGGAACAAGACAAUCCAUGGUUUGAUCUACAAUGCUUUGAAGCUAUUUAUGGAGAUGAAUCAGAAACUCUUCGAUGACUGCACACAGCAGUUCAGAGCAGAGAAAAACAAAGAAAAGCUAAAGUGGAAAGAACGUGAGGAAGCCUGGAUAAAGAUAGAAAACCUUGCCAAGUCAAACCCCCAGUUCCUGUUGUAUCUUGACACAACCAGCUUGAGUAGCCCAAUGGAGAUUGAAACAGACGGCGUAGGAAUGGAUGAUGUCGCAGCACUCAAGAAGACAGUAGAAGAAGAAGCUACACAGAUUCAGAGGGAGCAAAGGAAAGAGCGGCCACUAAUGCGUCGCAAAUCAGAGCUUCCUCACGACAUGUCCACAGUAAAGGCCCUGGAAACCCACCGGCGUGCAGAGGACAUGAUAACCAGCCGUGAUGGCCACUAAAGGUGCAGAGCAGCUCAGAGGCAAAGGCCGAGAACAGCGCGCCCAGUGCACAGCAGUAGAGGCAGCAGCAGCACACGAUGGCCUGGUGUGACCCGGAAAUCUGGACACACACUUAGCUCUGCUCCCAUAAAGAGCCACAGUGACCCUCCCUCGGCCAGUGCCCCUACGCUGGAGUUUUUAUUUUAGACCUUCUCAGGUGUACUAUUUUGUUUUUGUUUUUGUUUUUUUGUUUUUUUGUUGUUGUUGGGUUUUUUUUGUGUGGUCUUUUUUCCACAGAUCUCUCCCCUUCUUGUCACAUGCAUCUGCACUGAUUUCCCCCUCCCCAUCACUUACCAUUAAUUGUCAUGAAAAGUGUAGGUGCUAGGGCGAAAACCAUGAACGGGUCAUUUUCAGCACAGAAGCACUUGCAGUUUGACUGCUGACCAUUGUUUUAAUUGAGCAAAAGCCUCUUGACCCACAUGAAGAUGGGAGAGUGCAGAUAUUGGGUGAAAAUGUGUAUACAGCUCUAACCUUUGUUUUUUCCUCAAUGCUAGGACAUAGCUGCUAUUGCCUCCAGCUUUGUGCCUCAGACUGGUAGUUCAUGUCCGUUUGUGUGAUUGUUUGUUUCUUGUGAUAUCUGGUCCAGCAAUGGGGACUGUCAGCCAAGUGUCACUGUUUGGCAAAUGGAGCAGAUUUAUCGUAUAUAUAUUUUAAUUUUAAAAUAAGCUUGCCAGACUUUUGGAAGCUCCUAACCUUGAUGAAUAUCUAAAGGAAAAUAUUCCUCUGUAGAAAUUAGGUCUUGUGCCAAUUUAUUUUGUUGUAAUAUAUUUUUAGAUGCUAUUCAGUACACCUGGCUAUAAGUUCACCCAGACUGUGUGGAUGUUCAAACAAUGGGAAAUGAUUCGCUUCCAUAUUUUAUUGACUGUGAUGGCUGUUUCAGAGCUACAGAGUUACUUGUGGAGGAACAGCCUGAUGCUGCCCUCAUGGUGAGAACUUCAACCUAGGACUUAAUUCCAGACAGUAAAAUAUGUAUAUUUUUUAGCAUUAUCCAGUAUGCUCGGUUCGAGACUUUAAGCGUUCUCUUAACGUCCAUUUAAAGUUUUCUUUAAUGGAGUCGGAACAAGCUGUGCAUGCUUGUUUACUUCCUAUCCACUGACUGUCAGUUCAUGGAUAUGUUGAAGUACCAGUUUGUUAAAACAAAAAGUGAGACAAAGCCUUUAUUUACAUUGAGUGCCUUUUAGCUGAUAGACAACUUUGCUGAAAUGCUGUAAGAUAAGCAUAUAUAAGGCCACAAAGUUUUCUAAUUUAGAACCAAUUUUCUGUUACAAAAUAUCUCCAGAUUAGAAGAUGGAGAUGAUGAUGGUCCUAUCCAAUGACCUUUAUUAAAACAUGCACUAUGGGUGAAAUUAGACCACUUAACCAGUGGCUGGAGGAGUCACCAUACGAGUCUGUUGGCAUAACCUAAUGAACUGUAGAGAUCAGGCCACAUUUACCUUGUAUGGUCCAUAUUGUGUCCAACAGAGGACAAAAGGCUUUGGCGUGUUUUAUUUGUCUUUCUAUUUUUUACUACGUCUCUCUUGUUAUUUGGGUUUGUUAGGUUAAAGACCUGGUCCAUUGUUUGAACUUCCAUUCGAUGCUGAGCAGAGGCUCAUAACAUUCUGGGGGUCUUGUAUGUCUUUGGGAAUUGUUCAAAAUGAUUAAAAGUAUUUUUGUUUGUUAUUUUUUGCUUGCAUUAGCUUGUUCGAUUUGAAUGUGCAAGUUUGUAAAUAGGACUACAGUGAUCAGUCUUUUUAAUUGUCAAAGAAUAGCAAUCACCAAUAAUUUGUUCCACACUUCUGGUAUGUUCAAAUGUUUCUGAAGGCCAAUGCAUUUCAUUUCUUUUUUCACCAUCCAUAUACUAGUGCUCUACAAGAGGUAAGUAGUGCAUUAGAGCACUACUACAGUAUGUGUCAUUUUCUUUCUCUGCAAACCGGAGCUUGUUUUCAGCAUUAAAUGGCUUUAAAUGAACUUCUCUGGAGGCUUUUUCUCUUGAUGAAACCGAACCAUUGCAAAGUGUCCUUUUAGUAUGCACCCCUGCUCAAUGGCUUCAUUUAAUAUUGUACAUAUUAUGUACUAUUAUUUUAUCUUCUAUCUAUUAUUAAAUGGUAGAUCUCUUACUUUGUACAAAUUCUCAUGUACAGAUGAAAACGUUAUUAGCAACUACAUACAGUUGAUAAAGUGGCACAAACAUCUGUACAUGUUGCUAUUUGCAUUAGAAAUGUUUAGAGGUUAAAGGCUAUUUUUAUCAAUUUGUAAUUCAGAACUUUUUAUUUCAGAAUUCUGUCACCUGUGAUGCAAUCUGUCAUACAUUUAGCCUUCGUGUGUGCUCUUUAACCAUUCUCAACUGGUGUACAUCUAUAGUAAAUAAAGAAAAUUGGUGAGUUUUAUAUUUUCA